UCCCGGCGUUGGGCUCCGCGGAGCCCCCGCCGAGCCCCGUGGAGGCUCCGCCAGCCCCGUGCUUCUUUCCUCCGCCCCUCGGCGGCGGGGGCGCGGAUCCGGCGGAGAGAGGGAGCGCGGCAGGGCGAGGGGAGGAGAGAAGCGAGGAGGAGGAGGCGGCGAGCUGGCCAUGGCAGCAGCCCGCGGGCGCAGAGGCAGCCGCCGCGGGCUGCUGCUGCUGCUGUGAGCGGCACCCCGAGGAGGAGGAGGAGGAGGAGGAAGGCUCGGAGCAGCCUCGGGGCCCGCCAUCCCGCGGCGGCGGCGGUGCCCGGGAGGAUGCCGGGGAAGCGGGGCUCGGCGGGCGGCGGCGGAGGUGGAGGCGGCGGCAGCGAGCUCCCGGGGGCCGGGGCGCCGCGGCAGCGGAGGCGGCGGAGGAAGGUGUCCUGCUUCUCCAGCAUCCAGCUCUUCCUCGUGUCCGAGUGCGCCCUGAUGCUGGCCCAGGGCACCGUCGGAGCCUACCUGGUGAGUGUUUUAACCACCUUGGAGCGGCGAUUCAACCUGCAGAGUGCUGAUGUGGGCGUCAUUGCCAGCAGCUUCGAGAUCGGCAACCUGGCCCUCAUCCUUUUCGUGAGCUACUUCGGAGCCCGAGGACACAGACCACGCUUGAUAGGAUGUGGAGGGAUAGUCAUGGCCUUGGGCGCCCUGCUUUCCGCAUUGCCUGAAUUUCUGACCCACCAGUAUGAAUACGAAUCUGGGGAAAUACGCUGGGGAGCCGAAGGGAGGGAUGUGUGCGCUGCCAACGGGUCCGCCAGCGAUGAGGGACCAGACCCGGACCUUAUCUGCAGAAAUCGGACUGCUACCAACAUGAUGUACUUGCUGCUCAUCGGAGCACAGGUCCUCCUGGGCAUUGGUGCUACCCCCGUCCAGCCCCUGGGAGUUUCCUACAUUGACGACCACGUGAGGCGGAAAGAUUCCUCUCUGUACAUAGGGAUCCUGUUUACGAUGCUGGUAUUUGGGCCAGCCUGUGGAUUUAUCUUGGGCUCCUUCUGUACCAAAAUCUACGUGGAUGCUGUCUUCAUUGACACAAGUAAGCUGGACAUCACUCCGGACGACCCUCGGUGGAUCGGUGCGUGGUGGGGAGGCUUCCUGCUCUGCGGUGCCUUACUCUUCUUCUCGUCCCUGCCGAUGUUUGGGUUCCCACAGUCCUUGCCCCCGCGGACAGAGCACGCAGGGGAGAGUGAGCAGGCCAUGCUUCCCGAGAGGGACUACGAGAGGGCCAAGCCGAGCAACGGGGUCCUGCGGCACCCGCUGGAUGCGGAGAACAGCACAACCUGCUUCCAGCAGCUGCGAGUGAUCCCCAAAGUAACAAAGCACUUGCUCUCCAAUCCUGUCUUCACCUGCAUCAUCCUGGCAGCCUGCAUGGAGAUUGCCGUGGUGGCGGGCUUUGCCGCCUUCCUGGGAAAGUACCUGGAGCAGCAGUUCAACCUCACCACCUCGUCUGCCAACCAGCUGCUGGGGAUGACAGCAAUCCCAUGUGCGUGUCUUGGCAUAUUCCUGGGUGGCCUCUUGGUGAAGAAGCUCAGCCUCUCUGCUCUGGGAGCCAUCAGGAUGGCCAUGCUGGUGAACCUGGUGUCCACAGCUUGCUACGUGUCUUUCCUGUUCCUGGGAUGCGACACAGGACCUGUGGCAGGGGUUACUGUUCCCUAUGGAAACAACUCAACUCCAACCUCAUCUCUGGACCCAUAUUCCCCCUGCAAUAACAACUGUGAAUGCCAAACUGAUUCCUUCACUCCAGUCUGUGGUGCAGAUGGGGUCACCUACUUAUCUGCCUGCUUUGCUGGCUGCAGCAGCACGAACCUCAGCGGCUGUUCAUGCCUCAGCUCGGUCCCUGCCGAAAAUGCCACCGUUGUUCCCGGAAAAUGCCCCAGUCCCGGCUGCGAAGAGGCCUUCUUGACAUUCCUCUGCGUGAUGUGCGUUUGCAGCAUGAUCGGGGCCAUGGCGCAGACGCCCUCAGUGAUCAUACUCAUCAGAACCGUGAGCCCUGAACUCAAGUCUUAUGCUUUGGGGGUGCUUUUCCUGCUUCUCCGUUUGCUAGGUUUUAUUCCACCUCCCCUGAUCUUUGGGGCUGGAAUUGACUCCACGUGUCUGUUCUGGAGCACGUUCUGUGGCGAGCAAGGAGCCUGCGCACUGUAUGACAACGUGGUCUAUAGAUACCUGUACGUUAGUAUUGCUAUAGCCCUCAAGUCUUUUGCAUUCAUCUUGUACACAACCACCUGGCAGUGCUUGAGGAAAAACUAUAAAAGAUACAUCAAGAACCACGAAGGUGGGCUCAGCACUAGUGAGUUUUUUGCCUCUACUCUCACCUUAGACAAUCUGGGGCGGGACUCGGUGCCCCAAAAUCAAUCACAUAGGACAAAAUUUAUCUAUAACCUUGAAGAUCAUGAGUGGUGUGAAAAUAUGGAGUCUGUUUUAUAGUGACUGUGGAGGGGUGAACUAUAUUAAUAAUAUAAGGGUCCUUUUUAAUAAAAACAAGAGGAGAGUGAGAGUGAAGAAGUACAAUUGCAAAGCAACAAUGGCGACACAGGAAACUUUUGUCUUUUUCUCAAAGUCAAACCCAGUCAGGAUUCUUGAGAACAACAUCUUUUCAUGGGAUCACUUGCGAUAUCCUGCGGGGUGAUGGAGAAAGCAGGGAGCUGCUGCGGCUGGGUACCAGCCCCUUUGAUGACAGUACGGGCUUCCAAAACGGGAAUCGACGAAGGGCAUCCACAGAGGUUCAUCGGAGAGCUCGGCAAACGGACAGGCUUGGGCAUGAGGCAUAGAGAAAGCAAGAUGUUAAGGGCAGGGAUGUGUGGAGCCCUGCUAUUCCCGCGACGUGGGCUGAGGGGUUAGCUGGGCUGUUCGAACCCGGCGCACGUCGUGAUGGCAAAGAGGGAAUGGUGCUGGAGUUGUUCGACCACUCACACUCUGCCACCAGCCACAAGUCCACGAUAAAUACCUUCAGAGCUGCUGGAAACCUUCCAGGUAGCUGGCAGUGCUGUCCGAGUAUCCGAGUCCUUCCAGCUGAGGCGCAUUCGCAGAUCGCAGCUCUUUGGGUGUCUGUGAAUAGCUGUGCUCAGAUCUGUCAAACCCAGUAAAGUUCAAGACAUUUGCUCACACUU